AUGGAUGUAUUGGAAAAGCGAAAACAAUUUGGUACGCGUUAUUUGAUUAAUGAAUCAGAGACCUUUGAUUAUAAUGCCUGGGACAAUGUGGAAUGGAGCGAAGAACAACUGCAGGAAGCGAUGUCAAAGAUUGCUGAACAAAAGAAAUUCAUGGUUGAUGUCGAAAAAGCUGGUACAUUAGUUGACAAUCCGCGUAUACAGUGGGAAAAUUUUUAUGGCAAACAUGGAGGAAAAUUUUUUAUGAAUAGAAAUUGGAUUUUGACCGAAUUUCCCGAGUUAAACACGCAGAAUUCGCUGAUAGUUAAUAAUGGCAUUCAGGUUUCAGAGCAUUCUCUGCAAAUAUUGGAAGUGGGAUGUGGGGUGGGGAAUACUGUGUUCCCUUUGCUGAACAAUACGAAAUCUGGUCACCUCUUUGUUCACUGUUGCGAUUACUCGUCUAAAGCUAUUGAAAUCUUGAAGCAGAACGCAAAUUAUAAUGAAGAUGUUUGCCAUGCUUUUGUAUGGGAUAUAUCAAAAAAAACAACUGACGAAAUUCCUGAUGAAUCGCUUGAUAUUAUUCUGUGCAUUUAUGUUAUCUCUGCUAUUCCGCCGGGAUUGCAUAAUAAGGCUCUGCAAAACUUGUGCAGGCUGUUAAAGCCAGGCGGUCUUCUUCUCUUUAAAGAUUACGGUCAGUAUGAUUUAACGCAGUUACGAUUCAAGAAAGACCGCAUGAUAGACGACAAUCUGUAUUGUCGCGGGGAUGGAACACUGGUAACUUAUUUUACCCAGGAAGAACUCGAUAAAUUAUUUACGUCUUGUGGUCUGGUGAGGAUUCUGAACAUCGUAGAUCGUCGACUCAUUAUGUUUAUGGACGACCUUUAUUAUUCGAGUGCAGAAAUCGUCCGACAAGCUCUGAAUAAGGAAAGGAGCGUACGUUCCGCUGUCUACGAAAGUAGUUUUAAGAACAAGAAGCAGCUACUAAGAAUUUGCUGCGAAACAUUAAAGAAUCGCGUUUACUUCGAUCGAUUAUUAGCUCAUAAUGCGCUGAAACCACUGCUUAAGCAUCCUACAUAUGAGCACUUCUCAAUUGUCUAUGUCCUCCUCUACGAAUACUUAUUUGGUAAUGGUCUACGUAGAUGCAGCAAAAAGCUUUCUGGUCCGAUUACUGCAUUGAAGGAAGUGAUUUCUCAACAGGCUGCUGAACAGAAAAGUGCAUCUUCAGACUUUUUGGAAACUCCGUUGACUAUAGAACGUUCGUGUCCAAGAUACGCUCGCAUUAACACUUUGAAAUGGCCUAUAGAGGAUGCGGUGAAAGCUUUGUCUGACGACAAUUGGGUGGUCAAGGACAUGUUGGCAGAAGGUAGUUUUGAUAAUUUUAGGAAAUCGAUUGCAAAAAUGGAAAGUAGUGAAGUUUUUCGAGAUCCUCACAUUGGUCAAUUAUUAGUUUUCCAUCCUUGUACUGACUUGCAUGAGUACUGGAUGGUUGAACAAGGGUACUUGUUAUUACAGGAUAAGGCAAGUUGCAUUUCAUCAAUUUUGCUAAAUCCUGCCCCUGGAUCGGAAGUCAUUGAUGUCUGCGCAGCUCCUGGGAUGAAAACUUCUCAUCUUUCCGCUAUAAUGAAAAACGAGGGAAGGAUUUUGGCUAUUGAUAAAGCAACAACUCGAUUAGAGAACAUGCGCAAUAUUCUGGAGAAAGCUGGUGUAACAAACGUAUCACUUCAGUGUGGUGAUUGUUUGCGUUUAAACACUGAUGAUGAGCUGCAUUCUAAAAUUGAAUAUGCAUUGGUUGAUCCACCAUGCAGUGGUUCAGGAAUUGUAAAGCGAUUAGACUCGGUUGUAAACAGCCGUGGUGACAUUUCGCAGAGCCGACUGCGUUCAUUGUCCAAUUUACAGGCUAUGAUUCUGAAACAUACUUUGAAGCUUCCUUCUCUAAAAAGAGUUGUUUAUUCAACUUGCUCUACUUACACAGAGGAGAAUGAGGAAGUUAUUCAAGAGGAUGAAUCGCUGAGUAAAAAAUUCAAGUUAAAACGAAUCUUCCCGUCGUGGGAGUUACGUGGAAGUGCAGACUUUUCGUUUGGUCAAAAAUGUAUGAGGGCUGCUCCCGAAAUCACUUUGACUAAUGGGUUCUUCAUUGCCGUUCUUCAACGAAGAAAAAAAAAAUAA